AUGAAUAAAGCAGAAGAUCUUGCAAACAAUAUAGAAAGUAGUGCUACACAAAUUGUUGUAGAAAAUGAUGUAAAUAAUAAAGUAAAUUAUCUAGAUUAUCUUCCAGAUGAAGCAAAAGAGAUAUUGAAAUCAUUAGCAAAUAAAUGGGAAAAUGUAUUGGAUGCAAAUGAGUUGGAAGUUAUUCCUCUUAAAGGGGCAAUGACCAAUGAGGUAUUCCAGAUAAAAUGGCAAACAACAGAAGGUGAAAUGUCAAGAAAGGUUCUUGUUAGAAUCUAUGGUGAAGGUACUGACAUUUUCUUUGAUAGGGAAAACGAAAUUCGAACAUUCGCAUUCAUAUCAAAGAAUGGACAGGGACCUCGUUUGCUAGGAAGGUUUGCUCAAGGUCGCCUUGAAGAGUUCAUCCGUGCAAGGACAUUAUCAGCACCCGAUAUGCGCGAUCCAUCUAUUUCUGCUCUUAUAGCCUCCAAAAUGAAGGAGUUCCAUGAUCUUGACAUGCCUGGUUCCAAGAAUGUGUACCUUUGGGAAAGAUUAAGAGAUUGGCUUAUUGAAGCGAGGCGCUUGUUGUCACCCGAAGAAGUUGAGAUGUUUCAUUUGAACACAAUGGACAAAGAAAUUUCUCUUUUGGAAAAGGAAUUGUCGAUAACUCCUCAACGCAUAGGGUUUUGCCACAAUGAUUUACAAUAUGGUAACAUCAUGCUUGAUGAAGUAACAAAUUCUGUGACCAUAAUAGAUUAUGAGUAUGCAAGUUAUAAUCCAGUUGCAUAUGAUAUAGCAAACCACUUCUCUGAAAUGGCUGCAAAUUAUCAUACCGAAACUCCACAUAUUCUCGACUAUAGUAAAUAUCCCGAUUUGGAGGAACGUCAAAGAUUUGUGCAUACAUAUUUGAGUUCAUCAGGAGAGCAACCUAGUGAUAAUGAAGUGCAGAAACUACUUGAUGAAAUUGAAAAGUAUACACUUGCAAGUCAUCUCUUAUGGGGCCUUUGGGGAAUCGUUUCGGAGCAUGUAAACAAAAUUGAUUUUGACUACAAGGAGUAUGCAAAACAAAGGUUUCAAGAGUACUGGUCAAGGAAAAAUCAUCUUUUGAGCCCUAAUGGAUCUUCCCAUGAUAAUGUUAUUGAUGGUAAUGGGGAGGAAGCAUUGGAAUCAAUCGUCAAUAAAAAAUCAGCAAAGAGCACUCCUAUCUCAAGGAAGUUGAAGAAAUUUUUUGGUCUUGGUUUAUUCAGAUCAAAACACUAGAGUAUUAUAUUACUCUAUAUUCACCUUUUUAAAUGAA